AAAAAUCUCCUUUUUCUUUGUUCAGGUACUCAAAAGGACAGUCAAGCAGAAGGAUGAUGCCACCACGGUGAUCAGACGUUGGUCUUAAGAUGUUGAAUGAGUGAGAAGACGUCAGCCAUGUUCGGCAGGAGUCUGAGACGUCCCGGGUUCCCGCUGGUCCCGGUGUGUGCGGGGAUCGUGGUGGGGUACAUCCUCCGGGGGCUGUUCGACAGCACCUUUCUCUCCAUCAUCGAGGAAAAACGGUACAAGAAGAUGAGUAGCGAGAAGGAAUCGACGCCCGCGCACUGCAAACCGUGCCCGCUGUGCGCGCUCUGUUCCGACUGUUGGAGACACGACGCCAUAGAGGAGCCGUACCGCCCGAAAACCAUGUACGAGGUCAUUCGCUGGUUUCACUUCACAGAGAAACAUCUGUACGAAAACCUGGACGACGAUCCGAGAAUCGGGCUCAUCGGGAGAUGGAAGGAAGAUGUGCAGGAUAUACAGGAACAGGCUGUGAGGAUAAUCAGUAAGGAAGAGAAAACUCAGUGGAGACUUGCGAAGCUAAACUAUGGCUACAAGAGAAUAGAUGCCUUCAGAGGGAUGGACUAUGUUUUAGACAUGGAAGUGGCGAAGGCAGACGGGACAGAGAAGGGGCGUAAACUGGUCCACCUGGUGAGGUCGACACGCCCACAUGUCAGGAUGCUCAGUCUGCAAAACGUCGCGCAGCAAACUGUCGUUCACUUCAUUGUGCCGUUGUCAAGGGUGACGGACCGACUCAGGGAUUUCAUGAAGGUGUAUGAAAAGGUUUGCCUGGAGAGUGGCGCUGCCGUCAGCCUCCUGGGGGUUCUGUUCCGGGACAGUCCCGAAGACCAGACCAGCCUGGACCAGUACGUGGAGGCGGACGGGGAGUUUUCCCGCGCCGUCGGGUUGGACACGGGAGCUCGGCAACUUGCGCCGGAUGCUCUACUGUUCUUCUGUGACAUUGAUGUGGACUUCGAUCAAGGAUUUCUGCAGAGAUGUCGGAAUAACGCCGAGGUCGGCCGGCAGGUUUUCUACCCGGCAGUGUUCUCCCAGUACGACCCUGACCUUGUCAUGGAGGGCAUCCCUGGAAAACCCAAACCUACAAAUCUCCGGGACAUCAACAAAUACAAUGAUGUCAAGAAUAUGGUGUUCCGUGCGAUGGACCCGGCCCUCGUCCACCGUUACCACGCCAAGACCUGUGACCCCGACCUGACCCGUGACCAGUACCGGAUGUGCGUCGGCGCGCUGUCGGAAACGAUGGCGUCCAAAGCGCAACUCGGGGUCAAACUACUGACCUUGCAGGGGAAGCUACCACCGGCCGCCUGA